AUUAAAUAUGGCUUCAACCCUCUUUUUCUUUCUCAUAGAAUUCUUUGUACUACUUUUCAUUAUUUGGCCUUCUCCAAUCAUUCCCCUCUUGAUUUCUUCUUCCACAAAUCUAAUAUCAAGUGAAUGGCAUCCAAGAGAAUCCUGAAGGAGCUCAAGGACUUGCAGAGAGACCCUCCAACUUCAUGCAGUGCAGGCCCUGUGGGUGAGGACAUGUUCCAUUGGCAAGCAACAAUCAUUGGCCCAAAUGACAGUCCCUAUGCUGGUGGUGUUUUCCUUGUCACUAUCCAUUUCCCUCCUGAUUAUCCCUUCAAACCUCCCAAGGUUGCAUUCAGGACCAAGGUAUUCCAUCCCAACAUAAACAGUAAUGGCAAUAUUUGCCUAGAUAUACUGAAAGAACAAUGGAGUCCUGCUCUUACCAUAUCCAAGGUGCUGCUGUCAAUAUGUUCAUUGCUAACAGAUCCAAAUCCUGAUGACCCUCUUGUGCCUGAGAUUGCUCAUAUGUGCAAGACUGAUAGAAUAAAGUAUGAGUCCACUGCUAGAAGCUGGACUCAGAAAUAUGCCAUGGGCUAAAUAAACAAUAAUAACAUCUUGUUGCAGGACUUGUCUCUUUUUGGUCUCUUCAACUCUUUGAAAAGUAUUAUAAUUAAUAUGGCUUUGGAAAAUUAAGCCAUGUUGGAUGCAUGUGAGAAUUGGUUCUCAAAUCUCAAGGCUAAGGCUUUAACUUUGUAAUUGGAGUAUAGUUAAAUAAAUGAUAUUCUGAUUUGAAACUUUUGUUAUGUUCUUCUUGGUGAAUGUUUGGAAUAAAUGAAUAGUUGGUCAGCA